UUGAAUUUGAUUUGAUGGAAUCGUACGAUGUGAAACUUUUAUGGUAAUGACUACUAUAACAAGGUGGAUGUAUAUAUCUCUGCAAGUUUUGUUUAUUUUACAAGGUUUGAUAUAAAUUUGAAUGUAAACUUUAUUGAGACUCUUUCCAAUCAUUACUUAAAUUUAAUGGAUAGCCCUUUGAAUCCUUUGCUUGGUCAACAGUUAGAACGAACUGCCGCUGUUAAUACUACCAUCAUCAUUCUUACCAAUCUCUUCAUUGAUGUGAACGAUGUAAUCAGUUUUAAAUGGUAUGAAGUGUGCACGCAUAUGACCGAAAAUCAGAAAUGGGAUGGAGUUGGAUUCUGUGUUAGCAACAAAAAACUAACACCUUUAUUAAUUGAGUUCUCUGGAGGAAUUCAAUUUAAUAACAGCUGUACAAAAGAGAAUCAUGAUCUGGAAAAACUCUCUUCUGCUUGUAAAAAGUCCAUCGAUUAUAUAACCGCUACAACAGACUUAACUGUACCUGUACCUGAGUAUGUUGUAAGGUUUUAUGGUACGUAAUUAUAUCAGUAAUGUUGUAUCGCAGAUGUAUUGAAUCAUAGAAACAAUAGAAAUCCAAUAUUAGAUCUCAGUAGACAGACUGGAGAUCGUAAUCAUGGAAAGAUUGUUAUGAACGAAUAAGAAUACAUGGAUAAACAUUUAUUCAAUUCAAAUGGAUAAACGAUUGAAUAGUAAAUCCCGAUUGGAUCUACUAUUAGUUUAGACAC